UCCUCGCAAAAAAUCUCUUCACCGCCCCCUUUUUUAUGAAUUAUCCCGACCAACAAGAAGAAGUACCCCGGCAUAACUCCCUCAUGAUCACCAUGGCUGCCGAGACGAGCUCAGCACAGUUGCUACAGGGCGGGGUUUCCGAAUUCGGCCUUGAGGGUAACAUCGUGACCAUCGUCAAAGACAGAGGGGAGCAAGACUACCGCAAAGACUUUGGCGCCUCGUCUGAUAAUCCCCCGCAUCCACGCGAGCCGGUACCCUUGAAAGAGUUGGCCGACAUCUUGAAUAAGGCCAGGGAGGAGUCGUUCUACGAGUCUCUUGCCUACAUCCCGCGAAAGAUUUUGGAAGAGAUCAUGAGCCUUUCCCAGAUCACCAAAAUUAUGCCCGAGCUGGAGUGCUUCAAGGACCAAGACGAGGCAGAGCAUGAUGGGUUAGCCCGUAUGAUAUGCUUUGGUACUCAUGGAAAACCACCUUGCCGCAAGCUCUUGGCUGCCCUGGUUAGAAUCAACUGUGCCGGUUUGAUCAAAUGUGCCAUGGAUGACGGUAUGAGCGACGACUGCCUCCCACUCUGGUUCGCACCCCGAGAUCGAGAAUUCUUCCUUAAAUGUCAGAACCAAAACCAUGAGCAUAGCAAACUCAACCAGGCACUCUCAAACACGGUCGACCGGGAAAAUCUCAAACGCUACACCCACUCGCUCACGGCUCCCUACCUCAAGCAACUGCCGGAUAAACACUUUCACUAUGUGUUGGAGCGUGACGACCAUCUGCCAAUGGAGACUCUUGGCCAAGUUUUGGGAAAUCCAGAGACGAAUCAUAUUAUGGUGUCGAAUAAGGAAAACACCGACUAUCAUGCCCUUGGCGGCUUUGGAAAGGUCUUCAAGGUCCAGAUCAACCCCAGCCACUGGAACUUUGUCAGUCGAGUAGACUUCUACAAUGGUAAUACCGUGUCAGAGAGCCCACAAAAGCGGUUCGCUCUCAAGCAGCUCAACGACAAUAGGCCUGACGUAUUUGAGGAAGAGCUCAAGUCGCUCUUGUUCUGCCUCCACCAUAAGUUUGUCGAUGAGAAGCUCCUCGAGGAGGGGCAAAAGCAUAUGGCUCAUAUUCGCGCAUCAUUUGAGAUACGCAACAAGACGAACAAUUCAACAGACUACUUCCUCCUCUUUGACUGGCAGGACGGCAACCUAACGCAACUUUGGGAAAAUGGGGACAGGCUCAGGAAUGAUGAGAACCACCCACGGUGCAUGGCGCAGCAGAUUUUCGGACUGGCUGCGGCUCUUCAGUGUGUCCACAACGACCGCACCGCUCAUCAGCGCUCUAAUCCUGCCCAAAACCACUACAGCGUCUACGGCAGGCACGGUGAUCUCGGGCCCUCGAACAUUCUGUACUCAGUAACAGAAAGCGGACUCGAACUGAAGCUGGCCGACUUUGGACUGGCCCAGCUGCAUAGCCGCAUGUCUCGGACAUUUGGGAAUACCAAAUUCACUCAUCGGACCGAGACUUACAGAGGCCCCGAGUUCGACGUCGAAACGGGGGAGAUCUCACGGGCUACCGACAUCUUCAGCUUUGGCUGCGUUAUCCUGGAGUACAUCACUUGGUACCUUCUCGGGAACGACGGAGUAAAGGAAUUCUCAGAAACCAGAUUUGAGGCUGAGUCGCACAGGCCUGGCUUCAAGUCGGAUGCCUUCUUCAGCAUUCAUUCGUCGUUGUCCAAGGUGGAUAAAGUGGUUCUAAAACCACAGGUCCUUGGCCACAUCAAAAAUCUCAAUAAGAACCGGAGAUGCAGCUGGUAUCUCCACCAAAUGCUGGAGCUAGUAGAGGAACGAAUGCUCAACCUUGACCCCAAAAAGCGGAUACAGUCAUCUCAACUCACCAAGGACUUGCACGCAUUCCGUGAAACCUGCAACGUUGACCAGUCCUACUACACGGGUUACUGGAAUUCAGUUCCCCGGAAGCCGAGUUGGGACCUCCGUUCUACUGCCUAAAGCCCCGCAGAGGGUAUUCGGACCCCGUGGAGUCAACCUGCCCCCGGUCCAUCAAGCGCCAGCGCACAGCUCCGCCGGUAUAGCCAGCCCUCAGGGACUGACAACGUCGUUUUCUCUUCUGUUAGGUAGGCAGGUUUCAGGUACAUGAAUAUAACUACAUCAACGGUGCCCAGGUGUCAUUUAUUGAGAAGUCAAUGGGCAAAGUACUAUUGUAGGAAGAAUUCACGGCAUGGCGGUGGCACCUUUCCUU